AUGGCUUCGCACUUGAUGCUCGCGCCCUUGGCCCAUCACAAGUCGCAGGUCGAGCUGACAGAGGCACAGAGUCUGGCUCUGGUAAAGAUCUUCCUCAACGCAUCUCUCGCCUGUAUCUGCCACACCCGCGAGCUGCUGGAUUGGCAAUCAACCUGCUUCAGAAAGAGGUACAUCAACCAGAUCUCCCUAGAAGAUGAGAAUAGCUAUGACAACUUUUGCCACUUUGAUCCAGCCGCCCCAGGACACUCUCAAGAGAUUCGCAUUCUUGUGCGUAGUAACGACCAAGCCGCAAAUCAGCUGCUCGACCUGAUUGAGCACGGAGUUUUUGAGGCAGUUGAAGCGGGCUACCUAGACGUCCUUCAAGUCUUCGUCACCACCGACUCUGGUGACCACAAGACCAUUCGUGAAACAUACACUUACAGCUUCAACUACUACGGAAAAAGUGUAUCAAGCAUCGAGUUAAAAGAACAGCAGCAACACCUGUCGCUACCAGACGCCCAACGCAGUUUCAAGUCUGCCAUUAGAUGCCUUCUGCGGUCGAUCAAGGAUCUGCCACGGCUGCCUGGCAAGCGCUCCCUGGGAAUGAGUACUGCGUACAAGUCUGACUGUCCCAACGGCUAUGAGCCCGUGGGUUUCACCGAUGCGGCGAACCACAAGAUCGUAGGCGAAGACUGGGCGAAGCUCUGGGAUGGAUCCGGCCCGGUUAUUGGCAAGCUCGACUCUUCGCACCACACUGUCGACCUCACAGCAAGGAAUUCAACCUUCGGAUACCAGACUGCUUCGCAGAUACAAGACACUGUCAUCAGCAACCAGCUCCAGAAUUUGCAGAAGACGUCUUCGGGCCGACAUGAUGGAUUAGUUUCGACACUACCUGGCCCACCAAUCUCACCCAUUCGAUCUGCGUUACCUACCACAGGCUCCUCGAGACAAACACCUCGAAGCGAAUCUUCUUCUCCAAAGAGGGACGGAAAUGGUUCGACCUCCAUGAGCAAGACGAGGCCUCCCAGAACCAGAAAGAGCGUAAGAUCAAAGUCCGUCAAGACUCCUAUCGAUAACGAGGGUCUGGUGGAACAUAUCAAGAACCCAUUGCAGGGACUGGCGGUGCUGGCAAGAAGCAGACGAAGACGCGACAUCGUCCUGGAGAAGAUGGCCGAGGCGGUAGUCCAAGCCUAUUGCCUUGACUUCGAGGCUCCGAACGGUACGACAUUCUUCGAUAGAGAUGACCUUGACCAAGGUAUCUUGACUCGUCUAGAACAGUCAGAUGUCGUCCACUGCGAAUGCGGAUAUCAGACUGGUUGCGAACAUAUGGUGUUCUGCCAUCUCUGUAACUCCUGGCAACACUCAGAGUGCUAUGGCCUGACGCUCAUCACACGCCAGGGAUCUAUGCCAAAUCAGCAUCUCUGCUACUCAUGCUUGCUGCUGCCGAGAGCAAGUGAAUUGCUCAAAGACAUGGCUGGGUUGGUGCAUAUGCGUCUUGCUUUGAUGCAUAUCUCUGGCUUGAAGGGAUCCGCCAUUGACCUUGUAGGAGGACUCUCUGUCCAAGUCUUCGGUACUGCAGAGGUUGACGACGAGUUCAAACAAGCAAGGCUGUUCGAACGAUUGGUUCAAGAAGGAAUCAUCUCUCCGCCCCAAAAUGGGUUUGCUAGCAUUCUCCCUGUGACUGCAGAGCAGCUGCGAAGAAUGCAGACGGAAUACCUCGAUCCACUCGCGGCCAUAUCGCAUCUUUAUCGCACGGUUCGCGACGGCGACAGCGACGAAGCUAGACUUGCUGAGUUGGGCGAGAGCCUGAGCAACUAUUCCCGACAUCAAGACUAUACAAUCGGUCAAGGAGCUGAAGAUGUGGUUGUAAUCGACUCAUUCGGUCAUCCAGUAGUGCGAUGGGGUUACUAUACCGAUGAUAGCCUGAAACGUAAGGCGGUCAUGGAGACACAAGAAGAACCGUCUCCACGCCGGCGCAGGAUCAGCGUCUCCAAAGCUUUCAUCAGUCUAGACAGAUCGACCCCAACCAGUCCGUCGCUCGAAGAUAAUGGAACGGCUCGGGUAACUCAUGAAGCGGUCACUCCGAUUCACGAUACGAGAAGCCCGGCUAGCAUAUCCACCGUCACCGACCUUUGA